AUGGCUCCACGCGCAUACGGACUGCUGGCCCUGCCGCUGCGGGCGGUGCUGCUGCUGCUGCUGGCCCUUGUCGGCCUGGUGUCGGCGGCGCACUUCCCCCCGAGCGACACCUACACGCACAUCACCAGCGCCAACAUCCGGGACAAGGUCCGGCCCGCCGAGGCCUCCUGGGUGCUGCUCUUCUACGCCCCCUGGUGUGGGCACUGCACCAGCCUGGCUCCGGAGUACAUCGCGGCGGCCAAGGAAUUCCACCCGUCCAAGGGUCUGGCCGUGCGCUUUGGUGUGGUCAACUGCGAUGUUGAGAAGCCCCUGUGCGACCGGUACAAGGUCCAGGGCUUCCCCACGGUCAAGAUCCAGACGCUCAAGGGCAUGGAGGAUUACACCGGCCCGCGCUCGCGCAUCGGCCUCACCAAUGCCGCCCUGUCCAGCAUCAACAACAACUCCCGGCCUGUCAAGUCGGUUGACCAGUACCUCCAUGAGAAUCCCUACCACGGCAAGGUCCUCCUCGUGUCGGACAAGCUCUCCGCCUCGCCGGGCUACCGGUCGAUCACCAACGCCCCGCGCUUCAGCCAUGUGGACUUCGGCUUCACCGGCCAGCGUGAUGCCCAGGCCGUGCGGGAUGAGAUCACCCAGAUGCUGCUGACCCACGCCGGGGAGGGCAACAUCGCGGCUGCCCUGCCGGAGAAGGCCUUCGUCGUGGCCUUCCCCAAGGGCUGCAAUGACACGCCGGUCAUCAUGACCGAGCCGAUGUCCAUCUCCGGCAUGAUUUCCUUCAUGGCUUCGCACCUGCCCGAGCCGAAGAUCCCGACCGUUUCCAAGGGGCCCACGUACCGCGGGAAGAGGGGCAGCAGCUCGGCCGGGGCCCCGGUGGCGGGGAAGCCGGCCAGAUGA